GUUAUGCUAAUAUUGCCGAAGAAAGUCAGCGUGCUACGUGACAAUUCUUGACAGCAGGUCACGUGAUCAUGUUGACAGCUGGCUUAGUUUGCAUGACUAGAUUGUAGAUGUGAGCGGUCGUGUCUGUACAAAAGAAUUGUUCGUCCUGUACGYAUUCUAAUUCUCGCUGAAUUUAAAGGAAAAGUUCAAGUUUAAGGCUCUUCUGUGGCCUUAAUACUUCCAAGUCGUUUUKCCGAAGAAGUGUGGUAGUUUCGUCCCGUAUAACCUCACAGAACUGAACGAACCUUGGAAACGGSCAGUUUUUUUUGGUCCCGGCCUACGAGCUUUUUUCUCUUCUUGUCAGGAAAAAUAUCAAAUACAAAGAGAAAUAACUUUAUAUCAUCGUUUUGAAGUUAUUUUCAGGUGUAUAAUGUCCAAGUGUUGAGUUUUACUCUGCCAGUGUCAUAUAUACUAGUAUCAUGUGCCCAUUGAAUGAUAACAUCAAAUUAUCAGCCAAAGACCCAGAUACAUCAACACAUGRUGAUAGCCAGCAGUUAGAGGGUAGUCAAUUGGAUGACUCUGCUGAAUUCCCAACUGAUACACAGUGCCAUCAAGUAUCAUCAACAUGCACAUCACCCAACUCAAAGCCAUCAGACAAAUCAAAGAAGACACGUGUAUUUACCUGCGAGAGAUGUAAUGAACGAUUUGAAGGUAUGGCUGCGCUACGACAGCAUUGCCGUUCUUUGCAUGGAGAUCAAAAAUACUACAAGUGCAAUGUUUGCACCAAGCUCUUCAGUCAUCCCAGCAGCCGCAAUAUUCAUCUAAGACUUCAUUCAGGAGAAAAACCUUAUGAAUGUGAGACCUGUGGCAAACGGUUCAGAGUGUCUUCACACCUCAAAGACCAUAUUCGUGUUCACACAGGUGAACGCCCCUAUAUUUGUGAUAUUUGCCACAAAGGCUUCAAGCAAUCAAGUGACCUAAAGAAACAUAGACGUACUCACACUCUAGACAAACCUUACAAGUGUCCCCUGUGUCCGUCAGCCUUCACAAGGUCACAUCACUGCCGUGGACACAUCAACUCCGUCCAUAAGUUCUUCAAGUGCAUCACUUGUAGUGCUCUCUUUACUACUGAAGAGGAUUUUGUUAAACAUAAAGAACUCCAUCCACUUAUAAAGGAAGAGAUUAAGGAAGAAAUAAACCUACAGGAUAUGUUGCCUCAGCCUAAAAUUAUUGGAUCAUCUGUAAGUGGUGAUAUCACAGCUAUCAGAUCAUCUUCCAACAAUAAUCCCACAGUUACUACAUCAUCUCCCAAAAGUGAUCCCAGGAUUGUUGGAUCAUCUACCAAUGGUGAUCCAAAUGUUACUGGAUCAUAUUCCAACAUUGAUCCCAAGGUCAUCAGAUCUGUUCCUAACAAGUUGAAAAUUGAAUACAAGCAGCCUAGUGAAAUGAAAUCUCCCAAUCACACAACUAACUCACUUUCACGGACAAGGGAGAACAUUGAUUUGGCUGAAUUUAUGGCAUCCAUGGCUGCACAAAGAUCAGCCGGGCUAUCGAAUGCUCCAAUUCAAGAUAGACAAGAAGUGAUAAGCCCUAAACCUCAGCCAGGAGGCCACACAGAAACAAAAUAUCACCCGGUUACUAGAGAGGGUGAGCAGGACUCCCAUGGCAGUGGAAAGGAGUGGUCCCAAGCUACUUAUAAUGGACAGAAAACAUCUGAAAAUGACAUGAGGAAAGAUAGCUUACCUACAUGGUUAAAAAACCCAGCAUUUCCAGUGUAUCCAUACUCUUGGCCUUCCAAUGACUUUAACAAUCAUGGCUUAUCAAUGAUUUCUCUACCACCAUAUCAGAAAUAUGCAUACAAUAUUCAUCAAUUACAAGUUAAAACAUCUACUCAUCAACAAGAUGAAGUGGCAAGCUUUUUGCCAGAAYCAAAGAAAGCUGCAAGUGUAACYUGCCAACGAGUAUCUGUUAUUCACUACCAUUCAAGCAGUACUAGUGAUGAAAGCACUUCUAACAAAGAAGAAGAUAGCUGUAAUAAUAGCUCAAAGGCUGAUAACCCUAGUCAGCAGGGGAAACAAGAUGAGAARGAGGUCGAUAUUGUGAACAGAGAGCCAUCCUUGGAGUCUAAAACCAGUUUCUCUAGYAUGAGUGGUUAUAAUGAGCCGUAUAUACCUAUCGAUGACCGGGAGCUGAGUGGAUACAUAGUUUCACCAAGAAACUCUCCUGAAGUGCAAUGCAUAUCRCUUAAACAACAAACACAAUCUUUUCAAAACAACAAACCAAUGUCAAGAAAAAGACAAUCCUCUUCUAAUGCAAAAGAUGAUGCAAAAGUUUUCGUAUUUGAAGAUGGAGUUGAUGUAAAUAAGCAAAGUUGCACCAUAGAAGUCCAGCAUGCUAAUGAAGAAGAGAGAACCAGUGUUAUGUCAAUGAAGGUUUCAGAAGAAAGGGAUAUUAGUGGUAUUAAUGAUAGUGAAGGCAUAGAGGAUAUGGAUAUAAAGACAAGAUUUGUCAACAUUGCGCCAAAACUAGAAUAUGCCAAAUCAAAAGAUGUCGAAGAAGACAAGCCAUACAUGUGUAGUGUGUGCCAGAAAUGCUUCUCUCGUGCAAGUCUACUAAAACAACACUCAGUCAUUCACCAAGGAAACAAGAGAUUUAAAUUCAAGUGUGAAACUUGUGAAAAGAUGUUCAGAACAAGAAGCCACCUACGAGAUCAUGUCCGCAUACACACAGGUGAAAGACCUUUUAAGUGCCACAUAUGCUCAAGAGCUUUCAAGCAGUCAAGUGACCUCAAAAAACACAUUAAUCUACACACUGGGGCUAAUCAGUUUAAAUGUGAGGAGUGUAACAUGGAGUUUCGGCGUGGAGAUGCUCUACGAAAACACAAACUUGGGCACCAGACAGAUGACAAGUUUGUUUGCAACUACUGUAGUGUCCAGUUUGACCACUAUGCYGCACUCCAACAACACCAAGCUGUACAUACUGGCUUUUCUGCAGCAUCAAGACAAUCACGACCAUUACUAAGAUGUAACUACUGCUUCAAGACUUUCCCUCGCAAUAAAGAAGAUGCAUAUGAACAGCAUUGCAAGUUGCACACACAGGAGACAUCUCAAAUAAUUGACUGCACUAUCUGUUCUGAACGAUUUACAUGCGACAGUGAGUUAAGAGAACAUAUGAACACUCACGCUAACAGUAAACCUUAUAAGUGCAUGAUAUGCUCUGAGGCAUUUUCUAUUGCUGCACACCUUAAUGAACAUUUGAAGAUACAUGAUCGUCUGACUGCAGGUGGACAUACAAGCUAAUAAUUAUGAUGAUGAUAUGUUGGCUAAAUAGUUUACCUUUUGAAAUGAACAUACAAGUGAUGAAUCUGCAAACAUGGUUUCAAAGACCAACCUARAUAAUAAUAAUAUAAAACGAUUAGCAUGUCAAAAGGUUCUAUAACAAUACAUAUAGUUGUAUUAUAUAAUUAAUAAGGAAUGCUUGUCGUAUCUUUUGUGUUCUUCUGUUACCAGUUUUAUACGGCUGCAUGCAGGCCAUGUGGUGCAUAUGUUGUGUGCAAGCUUUGCUUUGACUGCAUGAUUAACCUUACUUGGGAGUUGUUUCCCAAUGACUGCAGUUUGUUAGAUAUUUACUGAUUCAUCAAAUUCAAUCUCUUUAAUAUGAUUCUAUGAAAAUAAUAGUUUUAUAUUACAGCAUUUUAGACGCUGACAAAUUGUUAUUUGCAAUGCAAAAAAGGAUGAAAAUAUGAAUAGAAAUGAUAGGGCUGGACCCAGGAUAUCUUAUGUUAAGGUUUAAAAAAAAAUAUAUCAAUGACAAAUGCUUUCACAAAGUGCCACCAGACAGAUGAUAAGAGAUAUAUAUCUAGUUUGGUUCUCCUCUAAGCAGACCUUUCCAAAUACUGUCAUGCCAGUACCAGACCUAGCCUCCUAAGGCAACUUUUUCCCCUCCUUCACUGCUUCCUGUGACAAAUACUGUUGUCCAUGAAGGAGGCUAAGUCCAGCACUGAACCUGGUACAGAGUUCCUGUGUGAAUGCAACUUGAGCAUAAUGACCUUAAUAGAGGCUGGUGUCCUGCAAGCUAUAUGCACCAUGUGUGUACAGAACCUGGAAAAGUCACGAAUAUCAUUUAGUCAUUCAGCCAGCUGACAUCUCAAAAAAACAUACUGUGGAGUGACAUCUCAUAUCAGGUUUAGAGUCAGGACACUUCACUCAUGGUCCAACAGACAAUAUUGUAGCACCUAUUAGUACUUAGUGUACUCAAGUGUAAAUGUUUCACUCUCACAGAAGCAAAUAUCUCUGUUAAUAUCAUUGUAAAGAAAUAUAGUUUAAACAAAUAAAUAUCUUAGAAAUUGA